GCUACAGCAGAUCCACAACAAGAGCGCCGCGCGUGACUUUGUUUAAUGGCGGGAAAGUCAGCAAAUGCCUCUCUCGACGAAGAAAGGAAAAAAAACCUCGCAACCAAAUCUCAGAAAUCGGAAAAGAUGACUCUCACCCAUACCCUUAACGUUCUCGAUGAAAUCGAGUCUCUCGUCUCCGAUCAGCUUCAAGUGGUAUCUUACAAAUGGCUCAGUCGAAAUUUCUCCCUUUCAUCAAAUACUGCCAAGAGCUUGCUUAAGGAUUUUGUUGAGAAACAUGGCAAGGGUUUUGAAGUUGUAUAUAUUGUGUCCGGCUGCCUAAAGAACAGACCUUCCGAUUACUCCGUAAAGCUUGCUUCCAGUACCCAACUUCCAGAAGUAGAGAAAGAGUUCAAUGGAAAAUAUUCAGUACAUAUCUACAGUGUUCAAGCUAGUAUACCAAUGGAUCCAGCAGCUAUAUGGAAUGCUGAAUUUGUACAAGCAGAAGAACUCUCCAGGCAGCCUUCUGCCACUGAUAAUUGCUUGAGAGGCAACAGGUUUUGUGGCAUCUCCAAUUCUUUUGUAAAGCGUAACGUAGAGGGAACCACUGGCAAUGUUACAGCCCCACGAAUUGAAAGUGUGAGAACUACAGUACAACCUAAAAGUAGCUUAGAUUUUCAAAAGGGUACAGUUCUAUCAAACCAGGGAAAGAGAGCUAAUGUUAGCCAUCAGGCUAAGAGUGAAACUAAUGCUGCUCCAGCUCAAAACCAGUCUGUGAAGUCCUCUUCGGAUAAAGAAAAAUCUUUUCAUGUACCCCCUAAUAAGAAGAAUGGGCAGGGCGAAAAGAGCGUGGCCGGAACUGGUGGUUCAUUGAAAAAUAUGUGGGGCCGUGUGCCUGUGAAAACGGAAGAUGAGUCUGCGAAAAUAGAGGUUAAAAAUCCUAUUACUGAUCAUUCGGAAGACCAAAAACCUUCUCAUGAUGCUGACAAUAAGGGCGGCAGCGAUGAUGAUAAUGAAGAUGUCAAUUUCAAGAGAGCGUCUAAGAGUGAGAACAGAAAAAGGAAGGCGAUAUUUGAUUUUUCAGAUGAAGAGUAUGAAGAUGUUAUCAGCUUAGCAUCUCCUAGCAGUCCAAAGGUUAAUUCACGUCCAGAUGGUGAACUCAAUUCCGAGGAUUCAGGUCCAGAGAAGCCUGAUUCAGGUCCAGAGAAGACUGACGCAGGUGUUUCUCGAGAGGUAAAAUCUGAUGAACCAGAGGUCAGCAAAGAAGACAGGGAAAAAACUGCUUCUAUUGAUGCUUCUACGACUUUGUCAAUGGAGAAGAUCCAGACCAUUGGUUCUGAAGCUGAAGUUAAACCCUCAAAGGGAAAAAUUACUGAAGCUCCUAGCUUACAGAAAAGGAAAAAGACGUUGAAGACACGUAUUGACGAACGUGGAAGAGAAGUAACCGAGGUAGUGUGGGAGGAGACAGAAACGAAGGUGAAGAAGGAAGACGACACUGAUACAAGUAAGAAGCUAAAUGAUGGCAAAAACGCAAAUGCUGUUAAUAGAGCACAGAAGAAGAUCCCGGCCAUUGGAAAUGCGGCAGCCACAAACAUUGGCGGAAAAGCAGGAAGCAAGAAAGGAGGAAACGUUAAAGAUCCAAAGCAAGGGAACAUAAUGUCAUUCUUCAAGAAAGUUUAAAAAGCAUUCUGUUUUUGUUUUUUUUUGUUACAGCCGAGUUUGAUUAAGGAUAUCAAAAUCAGAACGUGGCUUUCAUCUGAUUGUAUGUUUGAAUCCGUUAUGUCUUAUACUAGUAGAAGUUAUAACUCUUGAGCCGUUCGUUAAUUAAAUUAGAUU